AUGCCCACCACAGCAUCCGCCGCCGAUAAACAGAGACAAAGUACGGCCAGCAAGUCAUUCUUUGGGCGAAAGCUGUACAAAGAGAGGCAAGGCGAUGAGCGCUUCGAUCCAUACAAUGGUGGCAGCAGCGCUGCUGCAGACACGCAGUCCUUGUCCGGCAACACGGUUGGCUCGCGCAACUCACGAUAUUCAAAACGAGGCUCCGUAGGCUCCUUUGACGCUGACGACAACUACACGGGCCUCACCACCAACGCCGGCAUGAUCACCUCCAUCCCCUUUGACAGCAUGCCGUCCGACUCCAAGUCUCCAAUCCCCGUCAACUAUCUGCCCAAGCAAGAUAAUAAUCCUGGCGCCCGCCAAGAGCCUUCUCCUGGCCAUCUCGCCAAAAGCACAAGUGACUUCCAUCAGUAUCCCGUCUGGGAUCCCAAGGCAAUCCCGAGCAAUCAAUCGCAGCCCAGCGGGCCUCGUCCUCCGCCGCAUUCCUCGAAUUUGACCAUGUCGAGCAGUACCUCCGGGGACCGCGGGACGAGAUAUCAACAGUGGGGAAGGCCCGGUAGCUCCGCUGCCAACACGGGCUUUAGUUAUACUUCAUCCUCAACCGGCGAUUCCUCAGCCAAUUCGAGAACCUCGCUCGACCAGACGAGCAUCCACUCUUCCCAUUCCUCCGCAACGCGAACCUCUUUUUUCUCCGAUAGCAAUUCGUCGCGAACCCUCACAACGUCAUAUCCUGCUGGUGACCGGAAUCCGAAUUUCUCAGGGGGCUCAAAUAUGAGUCGCAAUGCCAAUCCGCAAACAUAUCAGCAGACUCCCUCGCAUAUGACACCUUCCUCGUCGCACUCCUCGUUGACUGGUCCGGAAUACUUGAUGCGCCCGAAAGAUGAUCGAAUGGUCGACCAGCUUUUUAUCGAGUUGAUGCAGAAACGUGGCUGGCAGAAUCUGCCCGACCAGGCGAAGCGGCAGAUGCUCGCUUAUCCGGCAUCGAAGAAAUGGACGCUUGUUCACCAGGAUCGGUUGACGGAACUCCAGGGCGAGCAGAAACGUCGUCACAAUGCUAGAUUGACCCAUGGUUAUGAUAAUACCACCAGUCUUAUAGGUCGAGCAGAUGAAGAGGGUAGUCCGGAGUGGUACGUCAAAAAGGUUAUGGAUGACACGAUAACGUCGAAACAAUUGGCGAGUUUAAGUGUUAGUUUGCGAACACAACCCAUCGGCUGGGUGAAAGCUUUCGUUGAAGCUCAGGGCCAGGUCGCCCUUACCAAUGUGCUAUUAAAAAUUAAUCGUCGAAAAGCAUCUGGGCCAACGCCAUCUGCUUCGUCUGCCGAAAAGGAUCUCGAACGUGAAUAUGAUAUUGCAAAAUGCCUCAAGGCUUUAAUGAAUAAUAAAUUCGGUGCCGAUGAUGCCCUCACACACCAGCAGGUUAUUGUGGCACUGGUCAGUUCGUUGUUAUCACCUCGACUGCAGACUCGAAGAAUGGUCAGUGAAGUGUUGACCUUUCUUUGUCAUUGGGCGGACGGGCAAGGUCACCAAAAGGUAUUACAAGCUCUUGACCAUGUCAAAAACCACCAAGGAGAAACUGGCCGAUUUGAUGCCUGGAUGCGUAUUGUCGAAGUCACCAUCGAUGGCCGCGGAAAAAUGGGCAGUCUUGUGGGUGCAAGCGAAGAAUAUCGUAGCGGUGGUGUCGGUAUGGAAAACUUGCUGAUGGAAUACGCUGUUGCGACGAUGCUUCUCAUCAACAUGCUUGUUGAUGCACCACAAGACGAUCUACAGCUACGUUGCCAUAUUCGUGCUCAAUUUAUAUCAUGUGGUAUCAAGCGUCUGUUGACGAAGAUGGAAGGCUUCCAAUACGAAGUCAUUGAUAAACAGAUCGAGCGUUUCAGGGACAACGAAGCCAUUGACUAUGAAGAUCUUCUACAACGCGAAGCUAGCAGCUCGAAAGAUAGCAUUGAGGGAGAAGUUAAGGAUAUGAGUGAUCCGCUGCAAAUUACCGAUGCUAUUAGUACAAAAAUCAACAAUACUCGAGCAGGAGAUUAUUUCCUUUCUGCGAUGCAACAUAUGCUUCUUAUUCGGGAGAACUCCGGCGAAGAUGUGCUACGCAUGUUUCAAUUAGUCGACGCAAUGCUUAGCUACGUUGCUAUGGACCGCCGUCUGCCGGAUUUGGAUCUUCGUCAGGGCUUGACUUUUACAGUGCAGAAUCUGUUGGAUAAGCUGCAUACGGAUGCAGAAGCUCGACAUGCAUACGAUGAAUCUCUGGAGGCUCGCCAGGUGGCGGAAGCAGCGAUUGCUGAGCGUGAUGAGAUGAAGGCACAGAUAGAACUCGGUGCGGAUGGACUGGUUAAGAAAUUACAGAAGCAGGUCGAGGAGCAGGUUAGCGUCCUUGAAUUACAACGUCGUCAAAAUGAGUCUUUGAAAUCCGAGCUCAAUGAUGUUCACCGUCUUCGCGCUCAAGAACUUCAACGGAAUGAAUUGGAGACUCGAGAACUGUAUCUCAUGCUGCGAGAUGCACAAGAUAUUGCCGCGUCUAAUGCGAAGAAGCCGGUGGAAGCUAAACUCGCCGAGAGUGAUCCGACUCAAAUGCCAGGUAUUCUCGACCGUGAAAGACUGCUGGAAAGACUUGAACGCCAAUUGGAGAGAACCAAGACUCAAUUCAAGCUCGAGGGUAAGGUUUGGAACCAAGAUGGGCCGUCGGAUCGUUUACGAGAACUCCGCGAGCAAAUGGAGGGUACAGGGGUGGUAGAAGAAGAGUUUGAAAAACAAACUCGCCGAACUUUAACCAGCAGCACAUUGGGAUCUGUUACACGCAAGAAGGUCCCCGGAAGGGAGUCCGAGGAGCGUCUGCCCGAAGUCAGCGAGAAGGAUGAAGAAGCCGCCGCAAAGGAAGAAGAAAAAGUGAAAUCAGCGGCAGAACUUGAGAAACCACGUAUGAAUCCUCUACAAGCUACUGGUCUACUAGGAGAGAUUGCGAGAAAGGUUCGCAAGUACGACGACGAGGACGAGGAAGAGAAACAAAAAGCCGAAGAAGACGCUGCCGCUGAAGCUGAGAAGGAGCCUGAACAAAAGGACGAGGCCCCCGAGCCUGCUGCUGCUGUACCACCACCGCCGCCGCCGCCACCUCCUCCCCCGCCUCCAAUGCCUUUCUCUGGUGGUGCCAUUCCGCCGCCACCGCCGCCGCCGCCUCCUCCUCCUCCUCCUCCAGGUUCUGCUGGUGGAAUUCCACCUCCUCCUCCCCCUCCCCCCCCUCCACCACCUCCAGGCUUUGCCGGCGGCAUUCCUCCUCCCCCUCCGCCGCCGCCUAUGUCCCCUGGUAUCCCACCUCCACCGCCCCCACCAGGCCUUCCAGGCCCGCCUGUGCCUGGCGCUUGGAGAGCAAACUAUAUGGCUGCGCAAAAUCCAUCAUACGACACAACAAUUUCUAUGCCAUCUAUUAGACCGAAGAAGAAGAUGAAGGCUCUCCAUUGGGACAAGAUCGAUACGCCUCAAGUCACAGUUUGGGCUAGCCAUACUCCAACGACUGAGGAUAAGGAACAGAAAUAUACCGAACUGGCAAAGAAAGGUAUCCUCGACGAGGUGGAGCGCUUGUUUAUGGCCAAGGAGACUAAGAUCUUGGGCGGCGGACCAUCUGCUAAGAUCCGGAAAGAUAAAAAACAGAUCAUCUCCAAUGAUCUCUCCAAGACGUUCCAGGUCGCCCUGGCUAAGCUUUCUCAAACACCUGUGGAUGAGUUGGUGCGCAUGAUCAUCCACUGUGACAAGGAGAUUUUGGAAAAUGAUGUCGUUAUGGACUUUUUACAACGCGACGAUCUCUGCACCAUUCCUGACAGCACGACCAAGCUCAUGGCGCCGUACAGCAAAGAUUGGACAGUGCCCGAUGCCGCGUCUUCAGAAAGAGAGCAGGAUAUUACCGAACUUACUCGAGAAGACCAGAUUUACUUGCAGACUGCGUACGAGCUCAAUCACUACUGGAAAUCUAGAAUGCGCGCUUUGACAUUGACGCGGUCAUACGAAUCCGAUUAUGAUCAUAUCUCGUCAAAGAUCCAGCAAGUCCUCAAAGUGUGCGACUCUCUCCGCGACUCAGUGCGUCUGAUGAAUGUUCUUGGCUUGAUCCUGGAUAUUGGCAAUUUCAUGAAUGAUGCCAAUAAGCAGGCACAGGGUUUCAAACUCAGCUCCCUCGCCCGUCUUGGUAUGGUCAAGGAUGACAAGAAUGAGACGACCUUUGCAGAUCUAGUAGAACGCAUUGUUCGUAUCCAAUAUCCCGAAUGGGAGGGUUUCCUCGAUGAAAUUGGUGGUGUGAUUAGCAUUCACAAAGUGAAUAUUGACCAUCUCCGACAAGAUGCGAAUAAAUACAUUACUACGAUCAAGAAUGUCCAGAUGAGCCUGGACUCUGGCAAUCUCAGUGAUCCGAAGAAAUUCCAUCCUCAAGAUCGUGUCGGCCAGGUGGUGCAGCGGAGUAUGAAGGAGGCAAGACGCAAGGCAGAACAGAUGCAGAUAUUGCUUGAUGACCUAGCCAAGACAUUUGACGAUAUCAUGACCUUCUAUGGCGAGGAUAAUACAGAUGAAAACGGUCGUCGGGACUUCUUCAGCAAGCUCGCGUCUUUCUUACAAGAGUGGAAAAAAUCCAAAGAUAAGAAUGUUGCGCUGGAAGAAAGUCGAAGGAGGAUGGAAUCUUCUCUGGCACGGAAACGGGUCAAUCCCGCGUUGUCCAAUGGUGCCAGCAGCGAAGCCCCGGUUUCGCCUACAACAAGCGGUGCUAUGGACUCGUUACUUGAGAAGUUACGCGCUGCUGCUCCUCAAGCGCGGGAUCAGCGCGACCGUCGUCGUCGUGCCCGUCUCAAGGAGCGUCAUCAAGUCAGGGUUGCCUCGGGACAAAAUAUCCCGAAUAUGCAAGAUACAGGCGAAGACGCAGAUGGCGAAUCGAUAAUUGGCGGAGGCGAUGGUACCUCCCAUCUUAACCCCCAGGAUGACGAAAAUAGUGUCAGUCAAGAAUCGCAGGUAUCAGAGGGAGAAGACAUCGCCGACCGCGCUGCCAACUUGCUACAAGGCCUGCGCAACAAUCCGGAGGGAGAUGAAGAACGGGCGCGGAGAAGAAGAGAGAAUGCAGAGGACGAGCGACGGGCCCGACGAAUGAGAAUGAGGUCACGAAACAUGACCAACGGCAGCAAGGACAGCGCCGACGGGUCUCUCCCCUCGAUCAAGGAGCCACCACCACCCGAUGAGGCCGAUGAACAAAACUCGUCUCACACCGUACUAACUCCGUCUAUCGUGGUUUCUGAUUCCACAGGCCAUCCCGAAGAUGAAGAGGUUAUAGAAGGAUCUACGCCGGACAAACCUGUUGAAAUUUCCGAUUGA